AUGUCCAAGCGGCUCCACUGCUACUUCUUCACGGACGACGAGCUCCACGCCGAGUACGCCUGGGCCUGGGUGUUGCACAACCUCGUGCCUUUCGUUGACAAGGUUCUGGGCAUCGCCGGCGCCAUGGACCAGCGGCCCAUCGGCGCGCUCGACUGGCAGAUCCGGCUGCCCCUGUCGCUCGCCGUCGCCGCGCAUCCGACGUCGAAGCCGCUGCUGGCCGCCGGUCACGCGGCGAACGUCGCGUUUUGGUUCGCGCGCAUGCCCGCGGUCUGGGACUACAUGUGCUGGGUCGCGCUCACGGAGCUCGUCUACGUCGUCGCCGUGCUCCGCGGCGGCGGACAGGAAUUCAUGCGGACCGCGUUCCUGCCGGCGGCGCGCGCGCUGCUGGUCACGCUCUACUUCUCCGCGGCCUUCUGGAAGCUCACGACGUCCUUCUUGGAGCCGAAGACGUCCUGCGCGACGACGCUCGUGGCCGAGCUCGCGGCGGCGCUCUUCGGCGACGCGAUCGCGACGACCGGCGCCUUCGCCAAGGGGCUGAUGGCGUCGGCGCCGGCGCAGAUCGUGGGCAUCGAGGCGCUCGUGCCGCUGCUCAUGCUGCGCGGCUCGAGGUGGGCCGUGCCCGCGGCGGCGCUCUUCCACUUCACGAUCAACCUGAUGCCCGUGACCUACGCGGGCGGAUUUUCGAUCUCCAUGGGCUGCCGCCUCGUUCUUUUUUUGCCCGGCGCGUUGCUGGGGACGGCGCGGGGCGAGCGCGGCGCCGCGGGCGGCGUCGCCGUCCUCGCCGCGAUGGCCGCGCUCUUCCUCAAGGCGCACCGCGGCGCCGUCGAUACGGCGGGCGCGCUCUUCGUGGUGCUCGGGGGCUGCUACUACCGGCGCGCGCUCUUCGACGGCGCGCCGGUCGAGAGGCUCGUCUGCCGCGACGGGCCGCUGCGGCGCGGCGCGGUCGGCGCCGGCGUCGCCUACGGCUUCGUCUUCCCCGUCGUCGGCGUCAUGGCCAUGGCGUCGUCGAGCAUGUACGGCAACCUGCGCCAGUUCGACGGCGCCUACGGCAACCACCUGCUCGCGCCCACGGGCGUGCUCCAGCGGCUCUACGAGGAGGCGGACCCGCGGACCGCGCUCGGCGGCGCCUUCGGCGGCGGCGUCGUGCGCCUCGAGCGCCGGGGGACGACCGGCGGCGUCUUCGACGAGCUCUUCUUCAACGCCGACGUGUCCCACGAGCAGCCGCCGUACGCGGUGGCGCUGCUCCGCGACGCCGUGCCGGGCCAUCCCGCUCGCUAUUUCGAGUUCUACGCGGCCCGGAACUACUUCGAGCGCGGCAACAGCGACCACGCGGACACGGCGCUCCACAACGAGAAGGGCGCCGGCCUCGCGCCCGCGGCGGGGGGGGCGAAACCGCCGCCGGCGUUGGCCAUGCCCGCCUACGAGCUCCGCCGCGCGCUCGCGCUGGCGAAGGCGCGCGGCGAACCGUUCAAGGUCGCCUACGCGAAGCUCUCGUCGGCGACGCCCGCGGCCUGGCGCGUCGAGAAGCCGCCGAAGGCCGACGUCGUGGCCUACGCCUGGCCCGCGGACGCGUGCCGCGACGGCCGCGGCCGCGCCUGCGGGCCCGACGAGCUCCCGCGGCUCCCCGCGCCGCCCGCGUGGCUCACCCGGUUCCUCCACCCCUACCCGGUCCCGCUCCUGGACGACGGGUCCGGCGACGAGGUCCACUGCACGACCAUGUGGACGGGCGAGGGCUGGUUCCGCCUCGGCAGGGAGCACGGCGCCUCGUUCCGGCGCCUGGACCUCGACGGCUGCCUCGACGCGAGCGCGGAGCACGCCGUCGGCUCCUUCGCGCGCGUCGACCGCUACCGCCUGCCGGACAACGCGCCGGGCGGCGGCGGCGCGUCGAUCGCGCGCCGCUACGUCGUCCGCGAUCCGGCGUCCCUGCUGCGAUCGCUGCGACGGCAAGCGAGCGCGCUCCGGUCCGGCGCGCGCGUCUCGAACGUCGGCGGCCGCCGGUCGGACGAGCGCGCCUUCGACGGCGACGCCGGCGCCUGGUACGCCCCGUUGAGAGCGCUCGUCGCGGAGGCGCUCGCGGCCGACGGCGCGCUGGCGAAACUGUCCGGCUGGCUGAACGGCUCCGGCGACGCCGACGCGAACGCGCUCCACGACCACGGCGACGCGGCCUUCGCGUGCGUCUUCUUCGUCGACGGCGGCGCGGCGAAACCGCCCCACCGGGACGCGGGCCACCUGCUGCUGCGGACGCAGCUCAAGGCGUUCACGCACGAGUACGCCUACGUCGCCGUGCCGCCGACGCCCGGGGACCUGUGGGUUUUCCCCGGCCACGUGUCCCACGCGGUCCUGCCGCGCGCGCUCCCGGGCGACGCGCGCGCGGCGGGCCUCCGGAUCUCCGUCGCGUGCAACGCGGCGACGUCGCGCGUCGCCAUCCGCGCCCUGCGCGCCUCGAAAACAACCACCGCAACGCGCCUAUUGCGCACGUCGCACACUCGCGCCGCGAGCGCGCAACGCACGCCGACGGCCCGCCACCUGCACCUCUCCAACAGCGAAGCCUCCACGCCGCCCUUCCUCGUCCGCGCGGGCCUCGUCGGCUCCGUCACGGCGGUCUGCACGCCCGUCUUCCCCGUCGUCGGCGCCUACCGCCUCGCGGCCCACGUCGUGCCGAGCCGCAACGCGCGGUUCCUCCUCGUCGGGUCCGCGGCGGGAGUCUUCUCCUUCGCGGUCCGCGACGCGCUGCCGGCGCUCGUCGACCACGCGGAGCUCCUGGCGCCCGCCGCGGCGGCGAACGGCGCCGUCGCCGCGCUCACCUACGGCCUCCUGGAGGCGGCCCACGGCGGGCCGCGGCGGCUCCUCGACGGCAUGGCGCGCGUCCUGCCCAAAGCGUCGCCCGCGUGGCUCCUCGCCGCGGGGCCCGCGGCGGCCGUCGGCGCGGCCGUGGGGGCCGCGACGGGCGUGCUGGCGCCCUACACCUACGCGCCGCUCUUCGGAUGGCAUUUCGGCGUCGACGCGCCGGAGCUCGGGCGCCUCGUCGACCGAUUGUUGCCGGUGGCGGCGCCGACGGGUUUCGUCGCCGGCGCGGUCCUCGGCCCCGUCCUGAAGCCGGCCAUCGCCGGCGUGUCCGGCGUGCCCUGGGUCUUCGUGGCGCUCCCGGGCGUCGUCGCCGUCGUCGCCGUCUGCGUCGGUCUUUUUAAAGGCGCGCGCGAGCCGCGGCCGCUCUCCGACGAAGACGACCUCGUCGUCGACGAGACGGACCGCGCGCGCGUCGCGUCGGUCCAGCAGCUCCGCGCCUGCCGCGCCGUCUUUCGCGUCGACCCCGGCUCCCUCAAGCUCAUGAGCUCGAACGACGUCGACGGCGGCGUCCGCGCGCGCGCGUUCCUCGACGACGGCGGCGCGCUCGCCCGCGAGGGCGCGGCGGCGCGCGCGCUCCUCGACGGCGCCUACGCCCGGGGGCGGCGCGUCUACGGCGACGCGCGGCCCGCGCGCCUCGACGUCGCGCUGAGCCGGUUUCCGGCGCUCGCGGCCGCGUUGGAAUUUGCCGCUCCGAACGCGGGCCUCGCGAACCUGUCGCGCUGCGUCGCGUCGCCGACGAAGGCCGAGCUCCGGCAGCGCGCGGCGCUGACGACGGACGCCGUCGCGCGCGCCGCGGUCCUCGCGGGCGGCGGCGAGGCCCUCGACGCGGAGACCGUGCUCGCGGAGUUCCGGUUCGCGGUCGACGCCAUGAAGACGCGCGGCGACGACGAGGCGACGACGGCGAGGCACCUCGAGGACCCGCGCGCCUUCGACGAUGUGGCGCGCUACGCCCUCGCGGCCUGCGCGCUCCUCCGGACCAAGUCCGACGGUCUGUCGGACGCGGACCGCGCGACGCGCCUCGAGCUCUACCGGCACACGACGUCGCCGUCGACGCCGAGCGUCGUCGACCUGCGCGAGCUCGACGCGCUGCUCAAGAAGCACGGCGUCGCCCUGGACCCGGGGCUGUGGCCCGCGUACCAGAAACGGCGGUUGGCGGCCGCGCGGGCGCGGCGGCGACAGUUCGCCGGCGCCGCCGCGGUCGUCGCCCUCGUCGGCCUGAUGCUCUCCUACCUGCUGGAGAAGUUCGUGCGCCGCCUCUGCGGCCGCUGGCUGCGCAACUUCAGCGCGGAGAACCUCAGCGUGUCCCUGGGCGGCACCGUGAGCUUCGACGACCUCUGGCUCAACACGAGCGAGCUGAACAAGAUGAUGCUGCCCUUCGAACCGGUCGCGGCGCACGCCGCGAAGCUCCGCCUCGAGCUGCCGCUGAACCUGAGCGGCGCGGUGACGCUCACCGUCGACGACGUCGACAUCUACCUGCGGUCCGCGGACUACGACGUCGACGGCGAGGCCGCGCGGCGCGCCGUGGAGAUCGCCGUGAACCUGUACUGGGCCAACUACCUCCGGCCGCCGCAGGAGGCGGCGAAGAAAAAGGGCGACGCCGCCAAGGCCGAGCCCGAGGGCGAGCACCAGUCGGCGACGGCGCUCAGCGACACGAUCUCCUCCAUCGUCAAGUCGUCGGUGCUCGUCAUCCGCCGCGUCCACGUCCGCGUCGAGUCGCCGCGGCCCGGGACCGAGCUCGGCGACGGCCAGGGCAGGAAAAGGGUGAUUCAAUGCGACGGCACCGGCGAGAAGCUCCUCUCGGGCUGCGUCAUCCACAAGCUCACCGUCGACGGCGCGUCGCCGGCGGCCGCCGCCGAGAACGUCGUCGCGAAGAAGAUUCGGUUCACGGGCGUCGCGUGCUACUGCGGCGCGGGCGACGGCGCGAGCGGCUGCGACGAGGCCGACGCCGCGCAGCGGAAACAGCGCGACGCGCGCGUCGUCGCGGCGCUCCGCGGCGCCUGGCCCCGGGCCGCGCUCACCGACGGCGCCGGCGACGCCACCUUCGGCGACAUGAUCUACGGCGUCGACGACGCCGCGGCGAAGCGCAAGGCGCGGGAGCUCGCGCGGACCGCGGGCGCGUUGUCUAGGGCCGCCGCGGAGGCGGCCGUCCGCGGCCGGGGCGCAACCGUGCUCUCCUGCGACGAGGCGCUCUUCGACACGACGCUGUCGUUGGACCUCGGGGCGGCCCUCAAGCAGCAGACGCCGCCCGUGGGGUCCGACGGCGGCGCGGUCGCGGGCGACGGCGACGAGCUGCGCCCGUGGAUCACAGGGCGGGAACAGGGUGGAUCAAGCGCGCGGACGUCGCGGCGGACGUGA